AUGACUACCAGAAAUUCCAGCACAGAUCUUACCGAUCAGAUAUCACCUACACUUGCUCUUGAUAUUGCGAUAAAAGAAAUUGAUCAAAGUGGACACGAUGAUGAACGUAUGGUUCUUGCAUUCAAUGCUUUUGAUCAAAUUAUUCCUCAAUUAGGCGUUUUUUCUCCACUUGUGGCAAAUCUUCGUAAUGAAUUCUUCGAUUGCGUAUAUAGUAAUCAAUUUACUGUUGAACAAAUUCAGAAUAAAGCAUCGAGAAAACGUAAACGUAUAGCUUGUAUUGAACGAUUAUCUUAUAAAGUUCUUUGUGAACGACUUAUCGAUGAACAACAAUAUCAAUUAUCUGUUUUUGAAAAUAAAAUGUCCGAUGUAGAAACAAAUUUGGCUGAAAAAAAUCGUGAUUUAAAUCAAUCCUUUGAAAAAAUUCAACAAAUCGAAAAUGCAAAACAAAAAUUAAUGAAUGAAUUAUCAGCAAUGAGAACAACAUUAAAUGAAAAAGAUAAACUUAUUGAAACAUUAAAAGAAGAAUGUGAACGAACACGUUUUAAUUGUGAACAAGAAAUUUAUAAUACACAAUUGAAAGUGAAAGAAAUCAUUGAAAAUCAAGCAACAACAGAAGCAUUGAUCGAUGAAUUAUCAAAAUAUAAACAAGGUUUUGAUCAAAUGGAAGAGGCUUUUAUGGAUAGUUCAAGUCAUAGACCUUCUGGAAAAAAAGAUGGUAAUCAAGUAGAGAAUCAAGAUGAACCAUUUGUUCAAGUUAAAAAUCAAUUAAUGCUUGAUAUUCAAGUAGCUAUACGAUUAGAAGAACAAAUGUUAACAUUACUUAAUAUGACAACUGAAGAAUAUGAUCAAAUAUUAGAUGAUGAACAUAAUAAAUUACUUAAAAUGGAAGAAGAUUUAUCUGAAGCUCAAUUUGUUAAGGAUAAUAUUAAUUCGGAGCAACAACGAUAUGUAUCAGCAAUAAAAGAAAUUCGAGAAGAAAUUGAUAUAAUGCAACGACAUCGACGUAGUUUAGAAGAUAAAUUAGAAAUAGUUGUUUUAAAAAAUAAUGAAGAACUUAGAAAUCGUAAAGCAACAGUAGCAUUUGUAGCUAAUGAAGCAGCACAAAAGACAGGAAAACCAUCGAAUCCUUUAUUUGGUCUUGAACGUGCAUUUGAAACAGCUAAUCGUAGAACCGAUCUUAUUGAAUAUGCACCACAAGAACGUAUUCUUUCUCGUUUUUCUUGUAAACUUGCAUCAUCUAGUAAUGGACAAGCAUGGACAGAUUUUGAAUCCGUAUCCUACUGUGAUAGUUGUGCUGAUUAUACUUAUUUAUGUCCUCAUAAAUUUCCCGAAGAUCAAACGAUUGUUCGAGUACCCGAUGGUACAAAAUAUAUUCUCAUUUCUCGUCCGAUACUCAAAUACAAUGAAUCACUUAUUCGAAAAGUAAUGAAUGAUAAUAAAAAAUUAAUAAAUCAAAUGCUUCCACCUAUAUAUCAGCAAAAUAAUGCAAGUGUUAUGCGUACUAAUUAUCCAGGAAAUUUUAUUGUUGAUAAAACAUCUCGAAAACAAGAAAAUGUCUCAAAUGCUGGUCUUCUUAUUCAUACAUUUGAUCGAGUUUGGGAAGAUUAUAAAAAACGUACAAAUAUUGAACGUCUUGUACCACGACCAUUUUCAGUAGAACGACUUUUUAGCAUGAUUACAGAAAUUCUUGUUUAUGAAUGUAAUGCUGAUGAACGUCUAGCAAAUGUAACAGGAAAUAUAUUGGAUGAUGUUUAUGUUGCCUUUAAUAAUCGAUAUGCAGAUAUUGAUAAAAUACCUUAUAAUGCUAUACAUGAUUUUUUUACUUCAAUAGUUGCAUACAAAUCGGAUUAUAAAAUUUUUGAAUUAUUUAUGCAUAUUUUAAUUGGAAAUAUGGAUGUAACUUGUAUUUAUUAUAUUAGUCUUCUUGGUGAUAUUCUUGAUAAAAUUGUAUGGUAUGAAACGGAUGAUAUACGGAUAUUUUUUAAGAAUAUUUAUCCAUUUCUUGAUGACGAUGGAUUAGAUACAGUUAUUAUUGAUUUUGUAUCAUAUACAGAAAAUCGAAUAAGUCGAUUUCUUGCUAUUGAAUAUAUCAUAUCAUUAUUACUUAAAGGAAGUGAACCAGUAUAUCAAGAAAUGCAGUAUAAACUUUCACUUGAAUCAUCAGCUAAUUUUGAUAUGAUGAAUGAAGAAGAAUUUCGUACUGGUAUGGAAAAUAUAGCUUAUUCAGUCGAUGAACG